AUGGUGCUGUCCAUGGCGGUCUCCAGCUCCGCCUUUCUGCUCGCCGCUCCCCUAUUUCUGACUUCUACCCUCGCCGGUGCCGCCCUUGCGUCCACUGACCCAGCCGAUCCCUUUUCUAACCUGCUCGACAAUCUCGCCCAGGCCGCCAGCGACUAUGUGGUCUUCAAACAGGCCGUUGAUUCUUUCAAUGGCGACCGCAAUACAAUCCGCAGCCUUGCCGAGUUCGGACUGAUCGUCGAGCAAUCCGUCAACAACUCCACGGCCACCGCCAAAGCCUGCCACAAGCUCAAUGCCAACGAGAGCACCGAGGUCAUGACGGCUCUUGCUAAGCCCUACCCCACUUUCAUGGCGGAUCUGCUGGGCAACAUCACUGCCAAGAAACCUUAUGUCGACGAGCUUCGUAUGAAUUCUCAGGUCGUGGGUUAUUUGCGUAGAAUGUUUCGUGCGUCGGACCAGCUGCCUCUGGCACUGGAAAAGAUCGCGGUUGAGAGCGACGCCAGGGUCAUUGAUCAGGGUCGCCUUUGGUGCAAUGGACUGAUUAGGGAUGCUAUCGAUGAGUUCGGGAAGUGA